UUCAGGCUAAAAGAUCUUGAAGCUUCGGUUCGUUCACAAGUGGCUGCUGAAGAGAGAGCUCAUAAAAUUGUAGAGAAACUUGUUCUUGAGGAUGAAAUCUCAGAGGAAUUUCUUCUACAGUCAGUGAGUUUCAAAAUGUGCUAUUUUAAAUUAACUCUUCCCCUUUCGGAAUAGUUUUUAAUUUAACAAUAAAUUAACAGAAUUCUGAAAGUUACCCCUUUCACCACUCCCCCUCCCAACUUAUCAGCCCUCUGUGUUCAGCAUGUUAAAAGUAUCUAAAAACAAGCAACACUAGCUUUAUUUUCUUUCCUCAGUAGAAACACUGAUUUGGCUGAGUAAUUCACAAUGCAAAAUGUUUAUCAUUAUGACUUAUUAUCCCGGGGGUACUCCCAUAUAUGGGCUAUAUAGGUACGUGCCGCGGAAUAGGGUAUGGUUUUUGAGGUUCUCGGUCCUUAAAUAGGGUAUCUUUUUUGACCCUUUUGUUUCUGUGUCCCUGGUGUGGUCCUUAAAUAGGGUAGCUUAAUUGUAUUAUCUAAUACUGGAGUGUGAAAAAGCCCGCCUAAACGAACAUUUUUUUUCAAAACUAGGCUUAUUCAAGUAUUUUAUGCUUGAUGCUUUACAUCCGAUGUUACAGAGAAGAAAUAAGGUUUUCUUUUUCAUGCUAUUAAUAAUUUUGUUUUUUCCUUGAAUAGGGUGUCAUUUUUCGGCUUUCGGCCUUAAAAAGGGUAUCAGUUUUCGCUUUCUUCGUCCUUAAAUAGGGUUAGGGUUCACGAACCUUAGCGGCACACCCCUAUCCAAAAUUCGCGGGAGUACCCCCCCCGGGCUUAUUAUCCUGGGCAGCAGGCGAUUUUGUUAGAAGAAAAAAGAAAGAAUUAACUUUUUUUUUUUUGGUUAUGAUAUACACUGUACCUGCCAAGUCUCACAUGUUAUGCUUGAGUCUCAUGCCUGCAGACUGAAUACAUUGAUGUCACACGUCAAGUACAAUUUCAAUUUCUCAUGCUUGACUCACAAAUCCAGAUGAAUUGUUCUUUGAAGACUGUGUGGUUAAGUGGUUAACACCCCGAACUCUGGAUCUGGAGAUCCAGGCUUCAAAUCUUUCCCUGUGCAUUGUUUCCUUAGACAAGGAACUUUGCUCCACAUUGUCCCUCUUCGCCCAGGUGUAUAAAUGGGUACCGGCGACAUACUUCUGGGGGAUAACCCUACAAUGGACUAGCAUCCCAUCCAGGGGGGAGUAGCAAUUCUCCUUGGCAGAAUAAGCUCUGGCCAUUUGGGCCUUUGGCUCAUGCGCACUUUUUUUACCCAGGUAAUAAUGAAAGUUCAAUUCACUUCCACGAAAAUAUUCCAAAAAGGCAUUGAAUGAUGACUUUGUGACCUAACAAAAUUAAACACGCUAAAAUUGUUGUCUUUUAAAUAGCUUCAGAAGUGCUCGAAGUUCAUCGGAACAUUUUUGAACAUUUUCAGCAAUGUUCAGCAAUCCUCGUAAAAUUGUUGGAAAUCUUCAGAAGUUGCUGGGACAUUUUCGGAAAUCCCGGUCAUGACAAGGCGAAAAUCUCACGCAUUUGACUCAGAAAAAGUUGGCAGGUACAAUGUACUAUUAUAAAUGUGUGUUAUGUACAUGUAUGUAAAUCUUAACUUGUUUCCACUGUUUUGGUAGGCUGUAAUUCUCAGGCCAGUUUUCCCCAGAUAUAAUUAAUAUUGCAACACUGACAGUGCCUCAAAGUAAAUAACCUUAGGCACUGACUUAAGUUGGAUCCUUGUUGUAGGGCAACUUUAUCACUACCAGCCAUUAUGCAGAUGUGGUUGAAGAAAGAAUGAUAGCCCAAAAAUGUGGUUACCCUUUAUGCAAGAAUCAUCUGAGUAAGGUGAAUGCUGGUACAUCCAGGGCUUUCAGCAAGAUUUGAAUUAGGAAGCUACACUAUAGUCUAUCAGCACAAUUUGGAAGAAUUUCCAAGUAAAGUAGUCAAUGGUUUUCAUCAGCUGUUGUUGGUGCUAAAUGAAAACAUAGCACAUCUAUUAGCCUGAGCUAAUGGCCAACAUUUUGUGAUGCUUCCACUGGUUUCUUCACAAAACAACAUCUGAAGAAUGACUGCAGAAAUUCCAUACUGAUGACGUGUCACCACCCAGUUCUGGUUGGUGCUUCUGGUGGGUUGCGCUGCAAGGGUAAUUUGCUUCAAACAGUCAGAAGCACUAUUAAGGUCUGGGUAGUGAAACAACAUCAGUGUUGAAUUUCUGCAGUUGUUCUUUAGACCUCAUUUCAAAGGCCAAAUGAGUGCUGGCUUUGCAAAACCUUAAUUGCCUGUUUUCUCGGGAGAUACGUCUAUAAUAAUGCAAAGAGCCUCUUAUGAAGCAGUGAUUAAAGCAUAAUUAUGUUGACAGUUGGUAACAUCUCUAUUCUAUUACAGAAUUUCCCUUCUCUCAUAUGAAUAAUUUACAGCUAGGAAACUAAGAAAAGUGGGAAGCAAACUAGGUUGAACACUGGCUUUUUAACCUAAGAACAGAUUUUGCCUCCUGCACAUAUACUGUAAUGAAAUACAGCUCUAUUUAUUGUACAUGUUGUAGUUCAAUUUGCACUUUGGUACAAUUUGUUUUUGUACCAGUACAGAAUAUAUUAAACUGGUACAAGAUAUUUUGUGCUAGUCCAAUUUUUAAUUUCUGUCAUAUUUGGAAGUGAGUGGGUUAAACAAGCCUAAGAAGUGUUGGUGUACAACAAGAUUUUACAUUUAUAUUGUUUUGUCAUUGUUCAUUUAAAAAAUGAUUUUGAUUUUGUACUGCAUGUAGAAAAAACACUCAUUUGAAUAAUGAUAGAAGUUACAUGCAUAACAGGACAGAGGGACUGUGUAUAUGGUGUAUAAAUUAGAAAAUUAUCAUCUUAAAAAAUGGGGGAUCCUAUUCCCUGUUUUCUCCUAUUGUGACACAAACAGGGCAAGAAAAUGUUUUGUAUUACAUGUAUUUAAAGCCUUGUGAUAUUUUGUUUGAAUUGUUUUUAGAUUCCAUCUCAAAAAUAUAAAAUCUCAUUGCAAACAAAUAGAGUCUAUGAUAUUACUGAAAGAAAGGUGAGUUUUUACUUUUAUCAUACUAUGAUUCAGCGGUGUAUUCCUUCUAGAAACUUGUGCUGUUUACUGCCGUUUAACAAUAAUCAGUAGAAACUCUGUGGAGCUAACUAGUCUGGAUUGUUUUGAUUAACACACUGUCAAGUUCUUUCCUACUUGAUCCAGUGGACAAUACUGAACAUUUUAUUUCCUUUCUCUAGAUGUUGUCUGUAAUUUCUCUUAGCAUGAUACCUUGUGAGUGUAGCUUGCUGUGAUGAACAGGAACACAUAUCAAACCAGAAAGGUUUCCUGUACAUUUAGUUCACAAAACAAAUAAACAAUUCUUUAUUUCUGGGGACAACAUCCCCACUGUGAAUGGCCUACAGCUGUGGUGGUGCCCCUGCCACUCCCUUGAAUUUGUGUAUUUUUUACUGUUGUAAUUUUUUUCACGUCGGAGAGUGAAAGCAUAAGACUGACAAAAAUCUCAAAAAAUAUUACCUACUGUACACGAGCAGGAAUGUCUGUCUCAAAGACUCUUCUUGCAGGGGCAAAACUUCCCUGACUAAGAGUAAAAUAUAAUUCUUUUGUUUUUCUGAAAUGCCAACUGACUUGUGGGUUUUCUUUAACAGUGCUUUUGCAGCAACUUCUGUUUCAAAGCAUCAAAAUAUUUUGGAUCACAAAUUUCAGAUUCUCCUGUCUGGACCCGGAUUGGUGAAAGGUAUGGUGGUAAUUUACAGUGAAUAUAGCCUUAAGAAAAUCAAUGCUUAUGAUGAGCUUCUAAUGUUUGUCUUAAUGAAGGCACUUGUUAUUUUAGUCAAUUUACCUUUACCUUUUUUAAGGUAUUGUUGUAAAAUCUUCCUUGCAAUAACAAUGUGGAUUUUUAUCAAGUGUGCCUUUCAUCGUCCUGCAGGCAUGGUUUCCUUGCCCCUAUAUGUAGGAGACUUCAUUCAGACUUUUGGCAAUAGACAAGAUCUGAUUUGGGUUAAAAUCUAGCUGAGUCAUGUGCCUUGUCUUGCUUCUGGCUAGUGGCCCUGUUUUACAUAAUAGUUGCAAAAUUGAAUAAACAAAUCAUUCAGUUACAAAUGGGUUCUGGUAGGUUUUAUUGCACUUAAAGACCUUCACACACUUUCUAAGCUUUACAUGCAUAUUUUUCCGAGCCUUCACCGAUAUCAACAAAAACAUGUCUCAACUAAACUUUGAUGUACGUGUAUUUAAUAGUAAUUUAAAUUUUGUUUUCGUAGUUUGAAAGUGUUUAGUUUAUUGGAGAGUGAAGACAGCUCUGGUGGGUAAGGUUUGUUUCAGUUUCUUUUGUUAAUUCAAUUCAGUUUUAUUAUUCACACUUUAUAAAAUAUUUACAUUAUAUAUAGUAAGGUAGGAAUACACUAACAAAGUAGAAGAAGAAGGAAAAAAAAAGAAAAUUAAUGGCUUGGGUCGAAGUGUAUGGUGGUCAGAGCAGCUUAGCUUUCGAGCUAACCACCGCUAAUGAUUGCUGUAACCUUUCUACUGCGCCUGCCUUGUCUAGCUCUCGCUAUUUGCAGGCAAAUGCAUUAAACUCAGAUAAACUAAACCUACAGUACUCACUGCCGGCCUGGUAGUCAGCUAGACUGAAUUGAUCAUCCUGACUUACGAUUUUGAUAGAACUGGUGCUGGCAACGUUUUGCUGGGAGAGGAUGAAGAGCAAGAAAAUGUCAGGUGAAUAUGCCUUAUUCUCAUGUACAUUAUAAUGUUUAUAUUGUCUGUGAUAUACAAAGAAAGCACACACAAAUCAUGACAUGACGUUGAUCAUGGUGUGGUUUUCUGUUGUGCCUCAUGGUACAGAUUACAAUAUAUUUAAUGAUAAGAAAAGUCCUGUUUUUGUUAGCGUAUGGUGCAGUGUAUGUUUUAACCCACAGGCCCAGAGAUUUCUAGUGCAGUUAUCCUGAAGUGUGGUUACCAUGCAUGCUUUAGUGCAAACAGCGUCUGCCUCAAAGGUUCUGACAAAUGGAAUAAGCUCAUUUGCGUUAAGUUUCUAUUGUGAAUUACAUGGAACAUUCAGUAUCUUGACGAAGUGACUCCCACAACAACUUGUCCUAACGUUUAGCCAGGAUCAGCGUACCACUAGCACUAGCACUACUACUACUGCUGCUGCUGCUGCUGCUAUUAUUAUUAUUAUUAUUAUUAUUAUUAUUAUUAUUAUUAUUAUUAUUAUUAUUAUUAUUACAGUGUGUCACAGAUAUGAUUACUACAUUGCGUAAACCAGUCUGAGUAUUCUUUUAUUGUAAAAUAUGGGAAAGGGUCGGUCGACGUGACUCAGGUUCUUAAAUAAUUGAAUUUGCGCUCCAAAUCUUGUCAAGUAUACACUGUAAGUUCAAAUCAAAAUGACAGUGCCUACUGUGUCAAUCAUACCGACCUGUCAGUGAAGAUUAGCUUAAUUGUUAUUGGGUUUGCUUUGUUUUUAGUGAUGGGAACGGAGGCGAAUGCUUAGAAGAUUCCGACCGGGAUGAUUUUCCUUCAAUCAAUACUGAAGACCAAAGUGAGGGAAGUAAAUUUUAUGAAAACAAACUUACAGACGACAAUCAAGACUUGAAAAAGGAUAAUAACUCUGAAAACUUAAAUCCAGGAUACUCUGUUUGUGAUAUUGAUGGUAGUAAGACAGCUCGUUCAUGGAAAAAUGAGGAUAACAAAGAAUCUAGUGUGGAAAACAGAACAUUUUCUUCAGAGAAAGUAGGAAGGCAUGACGUAAAAAAUGACUCCCACCACAGGAGAGAAACUAUCAUUCAGUCUGUGCAAGCCGUGUUUCAAGAAUGGUGUACGCAUUCAACACUUGAGUAUUUGGGCCUCUCAGAUGAUAAGACAAUGACAGAGACAAGGUUACCAGACGAAGGAGAAAGAGGUAGGAAGAGCUUGUUGAAACAUUCCUGUAGCGUUUUGGAAGUUUCUUUGGUUAACGACAUUUUGUCCAUGACGCACAUUUGCCCAUGUCCUACGAAGUCUAAACUUUGGUUUGACUUGAUGUUCGGCCAAAGUUAAAACCAAUUUAUUACUGUGUGAUCAAAAUCUACCUUGAGGGGAUGUGAAUUGUUGCACCAACGAAAAAGCAUUGUUGCCGUGAAAAUGAUAUACGGCAGUAAACAGUUUACCUUCGAAUCCCGCCUGUCAUGUACAAUAUUGUUAAAGACGCGUAAUGCGUUCUAGAUUGAGUCAACUACAUUGUUUUGGCUCUGAGCUAGACUAUUCAAAAUGUGUGGAGGGACUUUAACCCUAUAUGUAGUAGUCAAGUAUUUUUUGUUUAUUUUCAAACUAACUUAGGAAUUAAAAUUAAGAAAAUUUACGGAAAUUAGGGUAUCACAACUGGUUUUCUAAGUGAAACUGCUAACUUGACAUUGUUGCUGCCAAAAAAUAAAGUUCCGAGGUCGUUGCAACCCGCGAGAGCUCCGGCACUUUAUCCUAAUACUGGAAUGUACCACGUAAUUUCACCAGAUUGUUCUACAACGUACCAUUUUUUAUUCAGAUUCAGACAUAGCGAGAGCUACUCGGUUCUUUCAGCCCGUGGUCAACGUUAAGAAGGAUUAUGACUCAGAUUCAGAUACUGAGAAAACAUCACCUAAACUGAGCCAUGAAGAUAUCACCGUAAAAGAGAGAUACAAUAAGGUGUGGCAGGGCUCAGAAUUAGUAGUAGUAAUAAUAAUAAUAAGUAUAUUCUUGUCAUGUACAUGUAGCUGUUUUGUUUAUGUAUUGUUUUAGAUCUUUUUUGAAACCAUAGCUCAAUGACAAACGAAUGUUUCUCGAGCGUAAUAAUUUAGAGAAAUAAACCUUUAAAAAAAACUUGACAAGCUGAACAGUUUUCAAAGACACCAUUGGCGAUCCGCUGUUAUCUUCUUCCGUUUUACGGGUUUUUUAUUUAUUGUGUAAUUUGAAAAAAAGUAGGACCGGAUGUUUUAUAUUCCACUUUGAUUACUCAUUGGUGAAUUUGGUCUAAUUUCUCGACAUAGUUCUUUUUAAGAUUAAGAUCUCACCUGCAGCAAGGCAGCAGCAACAACAACUUAAACAAUAAAUAAGAUGAAGAUUGUGUUACAGAGACAUACUAAGAAAUAAUAUCUUUCAAGAAAUAAGAUGUUUUGUUUUCUCUAAUAUUUUACCGUCGGUUACUAGUUCUUUUAAAAAGGUAAUACCGUAGUCUACUGUUGGAACAAAAGUGUAACUGCGACUGUCACAACGAGAAAUUUCAAUUCCAUUUUUUCCCUCCAGGAACCCGUUUGUGUUCUGCCACCGAUUGACUCUAAAUCACAAACAACUAUCAGGAGACGAAUCGUGUUGGACAAGCUGUUCCGAACGUAAGUUGGAGACUAUCUCAUUUAUUGUUAUCUGGUAUGCUGCAAUUUGAAAAUCUAAUUUAGAACUCUAAGCCUUUCAUCUCGCGAGCGUACCCUCUGCAACCGCGAACAAAUAAUGUCGAUAUUAACUAGCGCAGACCAAUCGUCAAGUUUUAUAUCGGUCAGUCAGCUGAUGAUAGUGCGCACCUCUCCACUACCGCUGGUCCGUUGGCUGUUUCCAGGAAAAAAAGAAACCGAAGGUCUAACUUCUCCAUCUUUCGCAGAGACCCUUUGGAAGCUAGUCGGUUGGGGACGACGGCAAGAACGGGGGAGCCCCCGAACAAUUUUCCGUAGCAUUUGAAUUUCUGGCAUCUGAUUAGCCGGAGAAAAUAAUUUUCUCUUUCCCCGUCCUCUGCCACCUAGAAUUGAUGGUCGUCCAUCCCGACAUUACUCCCAAUGCUGCGAAUGCUGCCCUUUUUUUUUUUUUUUCAUUCCUUCAGUCUACCAGACCCGUUGAGUGAAAUCAAGUUGACCGUGGGUGAAGUAUCACAUGACCUAACGCAGCUGGUUCUUACGUUUAGGUGAGUAAACUGCAUCACAGAUUUUACUGUUUCAAGCUCAGGCAACUCAGUAAAUCAAUGUAGUUUAAUUUGAAGCAAAAACUAGCAACUUCAGCCGGGAGAGCGAAGCCCUAGAAAACAACCAUAUAAUCCAUUUAAAACAUGGAAAACUUCAUGGAAGCGUGCAGUCGGUAAAAACGUAUAAUACAUGUACGCGAUUGAAAGUAUGAGAAAAAACGCAACGGAUUAGGAAUCGACGGGGGGGAAAGUGCCACAGAUAAAAACGCGCCAGCCAGCGUUGGCCACAUUUGAAAGAUGUUGCAGUAUCAAUAUAAUUGACGGUAAUCGUAUUGACAUGGACAGAAAAGUGGACGCACAGAUGUCACGCUGAAAAGCAGCGUGUUGGCUCAACUGCUUUUGGCAGUUAAGAGCUGGAAAGGGGACGAGUCCUCAGGUUAUUGGAAGACGAAAUAGCCAAAUAAGUUGAAAUUGUGGUUUUCUGCAGUUUCAGCAACAAAAACGUGGCCCUGAAGCCGUUACAGUGGAACAUUUUGGGACUAGCAUUGAUCGUCAUGUGAGUAAAAAGCUGUUUUCUCCGUUGCAUUCAUUUUCCGUUUACUUAAAAAAUCCCAGUAUAAGUCCUGUAAUUUGCUUUUCAGCUACUUUGAACGUGUAUUCAACGAUUGUCCUUCUAACUUUUUUGUGUCCAUCAUUAUUUAUUAUUAAUAUUGUUCAUUCAAAAUAUUUCGCCGUUUUUGAUUGGCUCAAGUCUUCAUAACCAACCGGUGAUGCAAAAAUUUGGAAGAUGCGAGAAAUAUACAAUUGAUUCGAUGGUAUAUUGUUUGGAAACGAGGUUGAUCGACGGUAUAUGAGCCUGGAAACGAGGCAACUCGGGCAAUAGACCAUCGAUCACCCUUGCUUCCGGGCGCGGCCGCCAAGCUGUUUAUUCACGGGUGAACUUAAAAAAGUGGUGGCGUUCACAGCUAUCCGAAGACGAAACAACUGAAUUUCUGAUUAAAACUGAACGGACGAAAUGCAAUAAUACGCAAAACAUACAUGUAUUGCUGGAUGGAUAUUAUCUACUUUGUAAGCAGUAUCUACAAGAAAAAUCAUCUUUUUUAUUAAUUAUAUCCUGAAACCGUGCCGAGAAAUAGGCCAAAGUUUUGAAGAAAUUCUGCAAGGAGUUAGGCUUCUUAAGAACUUAGAAAUAUUUCGAGUAAAUACUGAAACAGUUAUUGAAUUCGUUUUUCGUAUGAUGUGAAAUUAUGCAGAUCUCGGAGGAUUUUAUUUACCUCGGCCUUUAUCCUCGGUAGAUAUUUCAUGUUUUCCUCGAUCUGCAUUAUUCUUCACACCAUACUCAGCCUCAUUCAAUAAUUGUUCACUAUUAGAGCAGAGGAGCUGUUCAGUUAAUAAACCUGACUGAUCGUAGCGGUCGAAUCCUUGGCAAAUGCUGUGAUCAAGGACCUCGUUCCUACUUACCUUAAACUGAGUAAGUACUCAAUUAUCAUAGCCGUGAUAGGAGAUAUGUUCAUUCACUGUCUUCACAGACUACAGCGCAAGAAUUCUCUGGUAUUACAAGCAAUGGAAUCUUGGAGUAUCGAAUUCGACUCUCUACUGGGUCGGCUAGGACUUGCUCGUCAUGAUAUCGAUCAAGUGUUGUCUUUUUUACCCUCCUUUAAACCUCAGCAUUCGGAGAAAUAUGAGAGCUCAGAGAAAGGAAACAUAUCUGCAACUUUACACAAACAGUCUAAAGUUGUCCCUGAAGAACGAAAAGACUUCGGGGAUAUGGAAGAAUUGGACUGA